AUGAAUAGCCCGGAACCAGUCCACACUGCCAAGGUCACGCUUCAGGUUGGUGAGAGGCAAUUUAACACUACCAGAGAGAAUUUGGUCAGAGAAAGUCCAUUCUUCGCUACGUUGCUUUCGGAAAACGGUGGUCAUACUCAGCAAGAUGGGUCAUAUUUUGUAGACGCCGACGGCGAUUUGUUUGAGCACAUCCUUCGAUAUUUACGACGCGGAGUAUAUCCCAUUUUUUACGACAAGCUAAAGGGGCAUGACUACGCCUUAUAUCUUGCGUUACUUCAAGAAGCCAAAUACUUCGGCAUUGAGUUACUCCAGAAUUGGCUUGAGAACAAAAAUUAUCUUCAGGCCGUCAAAAUCACGUACACAUAUGAGGGAGCCCACGACAAGACCGAAAAUGGACCGCCGGUCGCAUCGCUUACUGCACCGGCAAACACCGAAGUGGAAUGGUUGAAUAUCCAUUUUCGUGCGGAGAAGGGAUGGAUUUGUCCUCAUGAGAUCUCAUCACAUCGCCUAGAUGUUGGGAAAUGUGUCAUGUACUCGAGAAAUCGCGGUGAAAUCCAGGGAAGAUACGCUCACUACACUACGAGAGAAGGCUUCAUCAAAAAAUGUACGACCACCUUCGACAAUUCUGUUUGUACGCUUUCUCCAGCGAUAUUAGCGGACACAGAAUCACUUCUUCCACCUCCUUACAUUCGCGACGAAUAA